UCUUGUGCAUUCUGUCUGUAAGGGGCUGGGAGCAGCCACUCACCUGUGGAGCAGAGUGGAGUCCAGCCUUCAGCCUAGCCCAGGACCUCAGGUGCCCCAGUCACAGAGCUGCCACUCACACUUGGUAGUGCUCGGUAGUGUGCACCUACUUUGGUCAUUUUAUUUUCCCUAAAUAGAGAUUCUCUUCCCAGACUUCGUGGGGGAUAAGGGAAGCAGAAGGGAAUAGGAGGGGAAUAUGAAUGGACACUAUUAGAGAGGAAGGAUUUAAAGCAAAGAGAUAGAAGGAAGAUGUGGGUCCUUCUCCUAUACCCUGAGGUAGCCAGCCAAACAUGAUAUUCUGUCCCAGCCAGGUAGAGAGUGGAGCAGGGUUUCAAACCUCAAAGGCCUGUAGGGGCAGGUGGGCCUGUUAAUGAGUGAAUGGGGUUAGGAUAACAUGCAGAAGAGAAUGUGGGGACUGUCAUGUACUAGAGAACACGUGUCCUACCUCAAGGAGCAACAGCUCCUUGGCGUCCACCUGUCAUCGUCAUGCCAGAAUGUGUAUCCAGUGUAACCAAAACUUCCAAUUUUUCAAGAGAAGUCAGGAAUCCAGAUUUUAUGUGAAAUGUCUCCAUUUUAGAAUAAUGACUCAAUAUUUUAAAAAAUGUUCCAUGGAGCAAGCCAAAUUUGUCCGUGGGCUGAUUUCAGCCAGUGGGCCAACAACAUAGAGCCUUUGAAGGAGAGACAUAGAGCCCGGUUCUCGGUUCCCCCAGUCCUUUUCCUCGGUCGUAACAUGCUGGGGCUUUGCAUACCUGCCAAAUACUCUUACUGAGGCAGAAGAGAUAGUAUGAAUGGAUUCAAGAGAUACGAAAGUAAUCGGGGUCUUCUCAGAGUUUAACAGGGUGAAAAGAAACGAGGACCUUUAUCUGGCUCCCUCUCUGAGGGUGUAGAGAAGGGCCUAAGACAGAAUUUGUCUCUAAGACAGAAGGAAUCAUUUUUUGGACCAUUAGAAUGUCAGGGCAGGAAAUGAUUAUAAAAGGUAAGGGAAGUCAGAAUUCGGUUUUGACAUCAUGAGGAUGUCCCUCAGAAAUCCAAGCACCACUGUAGAAAUGACCUGUAGCUUAUUUUUUUUUUACCCUGGAGUGGGACCAAUGGAAUUAUGGGCACAUUCAAAGGAUGACAGCAAGAUGGGUCAGACACACAUAUAAGAGUCAUUGGCAACAGCUGGGUAAUGUAAGGUAAGACACUGACUCUGACCCCUUUCUCGUUUAAGGAGGGAAGGAGCUGGAAUAGGUAAAGGCAUUUGACACCUGCCACAUGAGUGACAGAGAUCAAGUGGACUGAUUUAACUGAGAGAGAUUUAUUGGCACGAAAGCCAUGGCCCUUCUGAGGAACCAGCCAGUCCUUCUCGCUCCUGCUCAGUUAAGCCUACUGAGUACCCACCACUGGGCAACAACCACACUCAGGACCCUGUUUUAUUGCUGGGGAACAAUAGACGGGUAACAACCAGUCCCUGUCCUAAUGUAGGUAGGUGAGAAACUGAGACAGUGGCUGGGGAAAUAUCCCAUGGAGCUCUGUCUCUGGAGAAUGUUGAUUAGAGGAAAACCGCUUAGGGUGUUUGCUUCAUUGUGCUGUGAAACCAAAUUUUCCCUGCUUUCAGCAGGUUGACAUUUCUGAGAUAAGAGAAGCCUCUGCACAGGAUGGUUUUUUGAAUGAAAGAGGAGGCCAGAAACCCCUCACCUGUGUUUUGAGAAUUCAAGAUGCCAGCAACGACUUUAGAGAAUGGGAAAAGGGAAAACCAAGGUAGGGCUAAAAUUAGUUCCGAAAAGUAGCCCCUGCACGACUGGGCCUGGCUGAGACAGUCCACGUGAGGGGCGUCUCUCCUGGGCCAGUAUGCAAGCAGUGGGAAAGGCUCCUGUGUGCACCCCUCCUAAAGGACACUGUGGCCCUCCAAGGUCAUCACAGCUCUUCUGUCUCCACACCCGGUGGCUUUCCCUCACCUGGCCAUGUGAUGAAGGGGGUAGCUCUCUUGUUCUUCAAAGAGAUUUUCCCACCUCACAGAACCCAACCCAGAAAAUCUAUCCGGUCUCCCCUUGUCUCUUUCUAAAGGUGCAGGUCACUCCCUCCUGGGGUCUUGAGAGAAGAAAGAGAAGGAGUCUAUUAACUUGUACCACACAGAUUCUCUCCCCACCUCCAUUCUCUACCUUUCAGGGGAAACUGAGUGGCUCAAACCCAGCUCAUGCAAUUAAUUGAGCAGUGCUUGUCACAAGUUUUCUGGGACUGUGAAAUGUUUAAGGGAACCUUAGAAAGGAUCCAGGGGUAGGCAGCCCAAAGUUUCACAGCCCCUCCCACCCCCAAAUUCUUGGAAUCAGAAAAUCUAGUCUCCAAAGUAGGUCAGCACGUCAGUGAGCAGCUCCUCUGGAAGGGAAGGGAGCAGAGGCCUUGUCUUGAUAGAAGGCGAUUCAUCCAGGGCUGUCGACUGCUGGGCCCCAGGGGCACUGGAAGGGAGGGGAGCGGAGGUGGGGAGACUAUACCGGGAUUUUGCCCGGGAUUUUAAAAGCCUCAGGGCCACAGAGCAACACUAGCCUGAGACCAGACUGCUGGGUCUUCUGGCUGCUGGGAGGGAGGGGGCUGUCAGUCCCCAGAUCUAGAGAGCGACCUCCCUCCUGGAGGAGGAGGGAAAGGAGGGAAUCUGAGUGCCUGAGUUUCGUGGGGGAGGGGCUUUCUGCCGAUCAGAGAGCCUUGAAGCUGCCCCAUGUCCUGGGCCCCAUGACCUCUGGGGCCUUGGCUUCCCCAGCUGGCAGAGGAUUGGGCCUUCCCUGGGGGCCCCCCUUUCUCCCUCCCACCUCGAGGGCCCAUCCAUCUCUCUCUCUCUCUCUCUUACACACACUCUUGCCUCUCUCAGGCAUUUGUUGUGCAGUUCCUCUUUGUCUGCUGGGCACGAGGGCAACGGCAUCUGCCUCCCCCUCCCUGUGCACACCCCCCACCCCCAACCCUUUACUGGCUUGGGAAAGGGAUGCUGUAGCCUAGCAUCGCCCCCCCACCAGACACACAUAUACAUUCUCUCCAGCCCCCUCCCCAAGCACAUCCAAGCGUGCGCUCGCUUGCGCUCUCCCUCUCUCCCUCUCUCUCCCUCUCUCCCUCUCACACACGCGCACACACACACACAUACACACACUCUCUCUCUCUCACACACAUACACCCUGGGCUGAGCUCUUCUUGCUGGCUGCAGCCGUGGGCCCCUGCUCACCGUGCCGCUGCCUGCGAAAUGACGGCGGUUCCCCUCACUUCCAGGAAUCCACGCUUCCUGGAAGGUGAGUGGCUGGGCUCACCCCUGCCUGCCACCGAGACGCAGACAUGCACACACCACCCGCACUCCCUCGCCGUUUCCAAGGCGGCGGCCGCGUUCGCACCCCAGGGUCUCACCGACAAGGGAAGGAUAAUCUGGAGAGGGAUCCCUCAGGAGGGUGUGUUCCGGAUUACUUGCCUCAGGCCCAAGACUCCAACCAUUUUAUAAUGGAAUCUUUAUUUUGUGAAAGUAGCGGGGACUCAUCUCUGGAGAAGGAGUUCCUCGGGGCCCCAGUGGGGCCCUCGGUGAGCACCCCCAACAGCCAGCACUCUUCUCCCAGCCGCUCACUUAGUGCCAACUCCAUCAAGGUGGAGAUGUACAGCGAUGAGGAGUCAAGCAGACUGCUGGGGCCGGAUGAGAGGCUCCUGGAAAAGGACGACAGUGUGAUCGUGGAAGACUCGUUGUCAGAGCCCCUGGGCUACUGUGAUGGAAGUGGGCCAGAGCCUCACUCCCCUGGGGGCAUCCGGCUGCCCAAUGGCAAGCUCAAAUGUGAUGUCUGCGGCAUGGUCUGCAUUGGACCCAAUGUACUCAUGGUGCAUAAGCGCAGCCACACGGGUGAAAGGCCCUUCCACUGCAACCAGUGCGGCGCCUCCUUCACCCAGAAGGGAAACCUGCUGCGCCACAUCAAGCUGCAUUCUGGGGAGAAGCCUUUCAAAUGUCCCUUCUGUAACUACGCUUGCCGCCGGCGGGAUGCGCUCACCGGCCACCUCCGUACACACUCGGUCUCCUCUCCCACGGUGGGCAAGCCCUACAAGUGCAACUACUGUGGCCGGAGCUACAAACAGCAGAGUACCCUGGAGGAGCACAAAGAGCGGUGCCACAGCUACCUGCAGAGUCUCGGCACCGAAGCCCAAGCUCUGGCCGGCCAAGCAGGUGAUGAGAUGCGUGACCUGGAGAUGGUGCCAGACGCCAUGCUGCACUCCUCCUCUGAGCGGCCGACUUUCAUGGACCGGCUGGCCAACAGCCUCACCAAACGCAAGCGCUCCACCCCCCAGAAGUUUGUAGGUGAGAAGCAGAUGCGCUUCAGCCUCUCAGACAUCCCCUAUGAUGUGAACUCGGGCGGCUACGAGAAGGAUGUGGAGUUGGUGGCACAUCACGGCCUGGAGCCUGGCUUCGGAGGUUCUCUGGCCUUUGUCGGGGCAGAGCAUCUGCGUCCCCUCCGCCUUCCACCUACCAACUGCAUCUCAGAACUCACACCCGUCAUCAGCUCUGUCUACACCCAGAUGCAGCCCCUCCCCGGUCGCCUGGAGCUUCCAGGGUCCCGAGAAGCAGGUGAGGGACCUGAGGACCUGGCUGAUGGAGGCCCCCUCCUCUACCGGGCCCGAGGCCCCCUGACUGACCCUGGGGCCUCCCCCAGCAAUGGCUGCCAGGACUCCACAGAUACAGAGAGCAACCACGAAGAUCGGGUUGGGGGGGUGGUAUCCCUCCCUCAGGGUCCCCCGCCCCAGCCACCUCCCACCAUUGUGGUGGGCCGGCCCAGUCCUGCCUACGCCAAAGAGGACCCCAAGCCACAGGAGGGGUUACUGCGGGGCACCCCGGGCCCCUCCAAGGAAGUGCUCCGGGUGGUGGGCGAGAGCGGUGAGCCCGUGAAGGCCUUCAAGUGUGAGCACUGCCGAAUCCUCUUUCUGGACCAUGUCAUGUUCACCAUCCACAUGGGUUGCCAUGGCUUCAGAGACCCUUUCGAGUGUAACAUCUGUGGUUACCACAGCCAGGACCGGUACGAAUUCUCUUCCCACAUUGUCCGCGGGGAGCACAAGGUGGGCUAGCCACCUACCGCCCUCCCCUCAGUCCACCACUCCACUGCCCUGCCUACGGGAGUCUAGCUCUGUCCCCACUCCAUCCCAAGGAGUUUUGCUCGGUAGCCUCCACCACUGGCUACCUGACUUCACACUUGACCCUGACCCCUCCUCACCUAUUCUCCUCCACCCUGACUGACUUAAGCAUUGUGAUGAAACAGGCCUUUUCACUUAUGUUUCUCCUCUUCCUCUUCUCCUCUCAUCCCAGCAUAUUCAGAGUUAUUUAUUAAUAUAAUUUGUGGAUUUUUCUUUAGCUUUUUUCUCUGAACUUGCCACUCCCCCACCCUCCGGCCCACAGUCCCCUCCCACUUUAGGCCUAAUUUUUCUUUCUUUGGUCCAGCUUUCUCUAACAGCCCUCGGGGUUAGAAGCUCCUCUUGGUCCCGGGAGUUCUGAGCUUCUUGUGUUAAGUCCUCACUUUUGCAUUAUCUGAUUCUUUCCUUUUGAUGCUGAUAGCUCCCUCUGGCCCUACCUGAGCUCUGUGGCAUUAUAUCUCCUCUCUGGGACCCUCCAACCUGGUACUUCAUACCUCUUGUGCCCUCUCACGUUCGGCAGCUUGCACUAUGCUUGAACAAAUGAAGAAUUUCCUCAUUGGGAAGUAGGAGGGGCUGAAGAAAUUCUCCCCAGGCACUGUGGGACUGAGGGUCCUCUUGACGUUCCCCUAGUAAUAUGAGUUCCUCAAAGCCCACAUCUGGGAAUCUCCCUCUGGGAUGUGAUCUAUCUCUUCUCUCCUCAAACAACCCCCAACACUGCUACUCUCUUCAACCUGCCAGUCUACUCAGUGGUGAUUUUUUUCUCCUUGGAGUGCCCCAAUUUUAUAUUCUCAGGGGCCAAGGCUAGGUCUGCAAUCCUGUCUCUAACACGUUGGGAGCCACAGGUGCCUAAUUGGGAACCAGGGCAUGGGAAGGGGGUGGGUUAAACUUCUUCUCUUUCUCUUCCACCUCUAAUCUUCUUCACUCUAGUGACCUUCCUAGCCUCUCAGGGGCUCUUGCCGUCCCUCUCCUAUGAGAAACUAGUGGGUUGCUGCCUGAUGACAAGGGGGUAUCUCAACCCCUCAGUCAUGCUGCCUUCUUCUUCUCCCCCCUGCAGGAUUCACCCUCAUUCCCAGGCUUCUGAGCCCUGUUCUUAGGAUCAGUGGCAGGGAGAAAAGGGUGUCUCUUUUCUCUCUUCUAAUUUUCAGUAUAACCAAAAAUUAUCCCAGGACGAGGAAGGGCAUUUGCCCCUCACCUCAUUCCAUUCUUGUCCCAGCAAGGAUGGGAUGGGCACAACUGAACCGGGGGUCAUCCUCUACUGCCCCCUUCUACUCUCAGUUCCCAGAUGUAGGGCAGGAGGGGGCAUGCUCCUCCUGGCUACAGCAGAGACCCCUGGCUUUUUGGGUAACCUAGUUAGUGAGAAGGGGGCAGGAGGAGAUAAGGCUCCACCGUGAGUGGAGGUCUCUUUCUACAAGCGUUUUCUGCCCAAGGCCACAGCUUUCCCAUUCUCUGCUUCCUUGAGAUUCAAACCAAAGGCUGUUUUUCUAUAUUUAAAGAAAAAAAAAAAAAGAAAGUAAAAACCAAACACAACACCUCACAAGUUGUAACACUUGGUCCUUCUCUCUCUCUCUCUCCUUUUCUCUUCCCUUCCAUCUUUCUUUCCAUAUGUCCUUUCCUUAUUGGCUCUUUUGCCUCCUACUUUUCUCACUCCCUAUCAGGGAUAAUUUAGGGGGAUGGUGAAGGGUUGGCUAAGGAACAGACCCUGGGAUUGGGGCUCCUAAGGGCUCUAAGAAGAGUCUACCUUACCCUCUAUGGGAAGGGAGACCCUAGAAAAACUUUUCUCCCUUCUUUUUCUCCCCCUGUAUGUAGUCUCCCAAGAGAACCGGAUUGUCAAGGAGGGGCAUCGUGGGUGGAUUUUUCCUCCUUGACAAUGUAGCAAUAAACAGAUGCUGCCAAGGGCAGAGGAUGGGGGAGUUAGCUGGAAGGAGAGUGGUCUCUAGAGAAGGAGAGAGUCUUCUCAACAGUACCCCAGGGAACUGCUCCUUCUUUCAGGAUGCCAGCAGAGCUGAGAUUAAUAUCUACGGUUCUCCUCAACUGUCCUGGUUAUUGAGCCCCUUCCUGUUAGACCUACCCCUUACCACCUCUUCUGCGUCUGCUGUGUAUUUGGUGACACCUCAUAAGGACUAGUCCCUUCUGGGGUACCAGAGCCUUAGGGUGCCCCCAUCCCCUCCCCCAGUCAGCUCUGGCACCUGUAACCUCCUGGAACAUGAAGGACUAUGCUCUGAGGCUAUACUCUGAGCCCAUGAGAGCAGAGACUGGAAGGGCAAGACCAGGUGCUAAGGAGGGGAGAGAAGGGCACUCUGUCUCUCUCCAGACCAUCACUGCACUUUAACCAGGGUCUUAAGUACAAAAUCCUAUUUUCCAGAGCCUUCCAGCUCUGGAACUUCAAACAUCCUCAUGCUCUCUCCCAGCUCCUUUUGCAAAAAAAAAAAAAAAAGAAAAAGAAAAAAAAAACAACAUUGAAACCCACAUGGAGAAAAGAGGUGUUUUCCUUUUAUAUUGAUAUUCAAGACCAACACCACACAAGAAAAUUUCUAAAUAGACACUUUUCCAGACCUUUGUUUUUUUGUGUCAGUGUCCAAGCUGCAGAUGGGAUUUUGUAAUACUUUCAGCAGCUUCUUUCCUUGUGUACAUAAUAUAUAUAUAUUAUAUAUAUUUUUAAUCAGAAGUUAUGAAGAACAAAAAGAAAAAAAAUAAAACACAGAAGCAAGUGCAAUACCACCUCUCCUCUCUCUCUCUCCCAGGGUUUCAUUUGUAGCCUAUGCUUGGUGUCUCCUUGGACCUUACCCUUUCACCUCCCCCUCUUCUGUUGGUUCUCCCUCCCCCUUUUUUUAAAGAGUUUUUCUCCCUUCUCAAGGGGAGUUAAACUAGCUUUUGAAACUUAUUGCAAAGCAUUUUGUAUAUGUAAUAUAUUGUAAGUAAAUAUUUGUGUAACGGAGAUAUACUACUGUAAGUUUUGUACUGUACUGGCUGAAGGUCUGUUAUAAAUAAACAUGAGUAAUUUAACA